AUGAAGGCUUCCAUCUUCGUCGCUGUAGCUUCAGCCGCUCUUGUAUCAGCAGCCCCAGCCCCAGCUGUUCUUAACGCUCGCGCUCCUCCCAACGUUCCCAGCAAGUCGGCCGCAACUACACAGCUCGCUGGUCUUACCGUUGCCGCUCAAGGUCCCCAGACUGGUUAUUCUCGUGAUCUGUUCCCUCACUGGAUCACUCAGUCCGGAGCCUGCAACACACGCGAGACAGUCCUCAAGCGUGACGGCACCAAUGUCGUUACCGACUCUGCUUGUGCAUCAACCUCUGGAUCCUGGUUCAGCCCUUACGAUGGCGCUACCUGGACAGCAGCCAGCGAUGUCGACAUUGACCACAUGGUGCCCUUGAGCAAUGCCUGGAAGUCUGGCGCUGCUUCAUGGACUACUGCCCGCCGCCAAGCCUUCGCCAACGACCUCACCAACCCCCAGCUUCUUGCAGUGACUGACAACGUCAACCAAGCAAAGGGUGACAAGGGACCUGAGGAGUGGAAGCCACCGCUAACCAGCUACUACUGCACUUACAGCAAGAUGUGGAUCAAGGUCAAGAGCGUAUAUGCGCUGACUAUUACGAGUGCGGAGAAGACUGCGCUGACGAGCAUGUUGGCUACUUGCUCAUCCUAA